ACAGAGCGGGGUAGAGGUGGAGAGUAGCUUUGGGCUUAUUCAAUUGGGGCGGAGGAGAAAGAGGAGAGAGGAGAGAUCGUCGAGCGAGCGGAAGAGGAUGGAGGGAGCGGCGGUGGAUCACCUGGCGCACGAGCGCAUCAGAGCCGAGUUCGACGUGGAGGCGAUGAAGAUCGCCUGGGCCGGCUCCAAGCACGCCGUCGAUGUCGCCGACCGCAUGGCCCGACUCGUCGCCAGCGAUCCGGUAUUUAAAAAAGAUGAUAGAAUGAUGCUUGGGCGGAAGGAAUUGUUCAAGAACACGCUAAGAAAAGCUGCUCAUGCGUGGAGGCGCAUUAAUGAGCUACGCCUUACAGAAGAAGAAGCCUCUAUGUUAAGAAUCUUCGUGGAUGAACCUGGUUAUGUGGAUCUCCACUGGGGAAUGUUUGUUCCUGCCAUAAAAGGACAAGGAACCGAUGAACAACAAAAGAAGUGGUUACCACUGGCUUAUAAGAUGCAAAUAAUUGGAUGCUACGCACAGACUGAACUCGGUCAUGGCUCGAAUGUUCAAGGUCUUGAAACAACUGCAACAUUUGAUCCCAAAACUGAUGAAUUCAUUAUUCAUAGCCCUACACUUACUUCAAGCAAGUGGUGGCCUGGUGGUUUAGGAAAAAUCUCUACUCAUGCAGUUGUCUAUGCUCGACUGAUUACAGAUGGAAAAGAUCAUGGGAUAAAUGGUUUCAUAGUCCAGUUACGAAGUUUGGAUGACCACUCACCUCUUCCUGGCAUUGUUGUUGGUGACAUUGGUACAAAAUUUGGAAAUGGUGCAUACAACACAAUGGAUAAUGGUGUUUUGCAGUUUGAUCAUGUGCGCAUACCAAGAAAUCAAAUGUUGAUGCGGGUUUCACAAGUCACAAGGGAAGGGAAGUUUGUGCAAUCUGAUGUCCCAAGGCAGCUUUUGUACGGUACAAUGGUUUAUGUCCGUCAAACAAUUGUCUCUGAUGCAUCUAAGGCUCUAUCUCGAGCUGUGUGCAUUGCUGUGAGGUAUAGCGCAGUUCGUAGGCAAUUUGGAUCACAGGAUGGUUGUCCUGAGACUCAGGUCAUUGAUUAUAAAACUCAGCAAAGCAGACUCUUUCCGCUGUUGGCCUCAGCAUAUGCUUUUAGGUUUGUUGGUGAAUGGUUGAAAUGGCUCUAUAGGGAUGUAACAGAGAGACUGCAAGCAAAUGAUUUCUCAACAUUGCCAGAAGCUCAUGCAUGCACUGCUGGUUUGAAAUCUUUGACAACCUCUGUGACUGCAGAUGGCAUUGAAGAAUGUCGAAAACUAUGUGGUGGCCAUGGUUAUCUUUGUAGCAGUGGGCUUCCUGAGUUAUUUGCUGUCUAUGUUCCUGCCUGCACUUACGAAGGAGAUAAUGUUGUUUUGCUUCUGCAGGUGGCAAGGUUCCUUAUGAAGACUGUUUCUCAACUAGGAUCAGGGAAAAAACCUGUUGGUACAACAGCAUAUAUGGGAAGUGUGCAACACUUGAUGCAGAGUAAAUGUGAUGUACUCACAGCUGAGGACUGGUUGAAACCUUCGGUUAUACUGGAAGCAUUUGAAGCUAGAGCUAUCAGACUGGCUAUUAAUUGUGCCAAAAAUAUUAGCAAGUUUCCUAGCCAGGAAGAAGGUUUUUCUGAGCUUUCUGCUGAUCUAUUGGAGGUGGCAAUUGCCCAUUGUCAAUUGAUCAUAGUAUCCAAAUUCAUCGACAAGGUUAAAGAAGACAUACAGGGACAUGGAGUCAAGGAACUGCUACAGAUUCUCUGCAAUGUAUAUGCUCUCUCUCUGGUUCAUAAGCAUCUCGGUGAUUUCAUCUCAACUGGGUAUAUUACACCCAAGCAAGGUGCACUAGCCAAUGAGCAGCUGCGGUUUCUAUAUGCCCAGGUCCGUCCAAAUGCUGUUGCACUAGUCGACGCAUUUAACUACACAGAUCACUAUUUGGGUUCUAUCCUUGGUCGAUACGAUGGCAAUGUGUACCCCAAACUCUAUGAGGAGGCAUGGAAAGAUCCACUGAAUGACACAGUUGUGCCUGAUGGAUACCACGAGUAUGUUAGGCCCUUGCUUAAGCAGAAGUUUACAGUGUCAAGAAUGUGAAGAUCUAAAUUCAGUCAACACCUGGAGUUCCUUUUCUACUCUUUCAGUAAUAAAUGGAUAUGGUGAAAUCCAUACUUGGUUUUACCCUUAAAUUUAUUAUUUUUAAUUAUGAAGUAAACACGCAGAGUACCCGUUUGAGAAGUCUAUGUGAGAUGUUUUAACUUAUAGUUUGGAUAAUUGUCAAGAUCUGCUAGUUGGAUUUGAGAGUUUAGUCGUCAUUGUUCAACUAAUUUUAUAACAUGUGAAACUGAAACUGAUAGAACUCUGUAUUCUAUGGUAUUUACUCAAUCAAAAGUAACCAUCGAACAAUAA